GGAUGAUAUCAAUCUAUUUCCAGCAAAAUUCACAACCAGUUACAUGGUAGCAAGACGAGUUGGUGUUUGGCCUAUUCGCUGUGAGGUUGGAUCCCACGCGCAUUCUGGCAUGGAAACAUUCUUUCGAGUUCGGCAAUGUGAGAAUUCUAAACCUGAUGAACAAACGACAGUUAAAGGAAAGUUUAGAGAAAUAUACAUUGCAGCUGAAGAAGUUGAAUGGAAUUAUGCCCCAACAGGUUUUAAUUUUUUAAGUGGCACAAACCUCACAGAUGAUGCGUAUUCUGAACCAUAUUUUGUGAAAGGCCCACACAGAAUUGGCGGAAUAUACAGAAAAGCUGUUUAUCGAGAAUACACUGAUGCUACUUUUAAGACACCAAAAGUGAGAGGACCGGAUGAUAUUCAUUUAGCUAUUAUGGGACCUACAAUUAGAGGAGAGAUUGGGGAUAUCAUCAAAGUGACAUUUAAGAACUUGGCGUCCUGGCCGUAUUCCAUUGAAACGCAUGGGGCAUACUACUUACCAAAUGGAGAAGUGAAGACAAACGAGACAAAAGUGUCCUACUGGACUCUUUUGCAACAAUAUGGUCCAACAAGUAUGGAUCCAGAUUGCUUACCUUGGAGAUACUUUUCUGAUGUAGAUUUCAGGAGAGACGGUUAUGAUGGUUUGAAUGGAAUUUUACUUGUCUGUAGAAAAGGUAUUCUUAACGAAGAAGGCAAACAGAAGAACUUCGAUCGAGAAUUCUCGCUACUUUUUUCUGCUGUGGAUGAAAAUGUUGCUCACUAUAUUGACGACAAUGUCUUGGCAUAUACGAGUGAUCCAUAUGGUGUUGAUUUUUAUGACAAUGAUUUUAGGAUUGCCAAUAGAAGAUACGCUAUUAAUGGACGUAUGUACGGAAACUUGGAAGGACUAUCGAUGUGUAAAGGAGAUCGCGUGGUGUGGAACAUCCUUUGUGUUGGUAGAUCCAUUGAUCUGCAUACAGCAUAUUUCCAUGGCAACAAUUUCCUCCAUCGGGGCAUCUAUAGAGAUACGGUGACUGUAGUGCCGAGUAUCUUAUAUGCAAUAACAAUGACAGUGGAAAAUGAAGGUGACUGGAUUAUAGAAUGCAGAACAAACAGCCAUCUUACUGGAGGAAUGAGAGCUUUGUACAGAGUUGCUGAAUGCCUAACUGGCAAUCGCCAGAAACGUCAGAUUAGUGACAGCAGCAUCAAUGAAAUCGCAAGUCGAGUGGAAUAUUAUGAUGAAAAUUCUAAAGAAGAGAAACAAUACGAGAAGGAGACAAUGAAGAAACCUUUACCGGAAUUUAAAAUGAAAGCAACACCAAUGCGUGAUGGCAAAAUUCGAGAAUAUUUUGUCGCAGCUCUUGAGGAAGAAUGGGAGUAUGCUCCCAAAGACAGACAUUUAAUUCUGGGAGGUAGCUUAAUGGAUAGCGAAGAAAGUAAAAGGUUCGUGGAACGUGGCGACAACCGUAUUGGAACCCGAUAUAAGAAAGCUCUUUUUAGAGAAUUCACUGACGGAACCUUUACCAAAAGAAAAUGGGAAACUCCAAAAACAAUUCACCUAGGAGUUCUAGGUCCGAUGAUAAAAGCUGAAGUAGGCGAUCUCUUACGAGUUACGUUUCGGAAUAUGGCAUCAAGACCUUAUUCGUUUCAUCCACAUGGACUCCUAAACCACCAAGACAAAAAUCACAUGAAUCUAGGAGCUGAUGAGGAUCCAGUUUACCCAGGAGAUGUUAUGGUUUACGAAUGGGUUGUACCGAAAAUGGCUGGCCCUGGUCCCAAUGGAUUCAACUGCACUUCAUGGGCUUAUUAUUCAGCUGUUGAUCCAGUAAAAGACACAAAUGCUGGGCUCAUUGGCCCUCUAGUCAUUUGUCGUCAUGGAAUUUUAAACGAAAAUGGAGACAGGACAGAUGCAGAACAAGAAUUCGUUGUGCUAUACACUAUUCUAGAUGAAAAUGACAGUUGGUACAUUCAAGAAAAUGUCAUGAGAUACACUAGGCAACCCUAUUCAGUGGAUUUUAAUGAUGCUGAUUUUAAAGCCAGCAAUAGAAUGCACGCUGUAAACGGACGAAUAUUUGGUACUCUGGAAGGACUAGUGUCUCGAAACGGUACUAAGACAGCUUGGUACCUCCUGGGAAUGGGAAGUGAACAGGAUCUUCAUACUGCUCAUUUCCAUGGUCAGACGUUUCUCAUUCGCUCGGACACUGUCCGGCGUGGAGACGUUGUUGAUUUGUUCCCCGGUUAUUUCGAGACUGUAGAGAUGAUGAAUGAUAAUCCGGGUACCUGGAUCUUACACUGUCAUGUUGAUGACCACAUGAGUUAUGGGAUGGCUGUCACUUUCUCAGUUGUUCCAUGAGAUUCAUUUUGUUUCCACAUGAAUGUUAUUGAUAAAUUAUGGAGAGUUUGUAAAUUAUGAAUAAAAGGA